AUGAAUCUCUUUCUCUGUCUUCUGCUUAUCCCGAUUGUUCUCCUAGCAUUCCAAGUCAAAAGAAUCGUCUCGACCUUUUCUUCUCCUUACUACCGCGCCAAGUUUAUUCUCAACGACUUCUGUGAAAAGAUGCACUCCUCCGCCGUGUCCGACUCCCCUGAGCUCGAGAGCAACAAGCCGACCGAGAAAAAUGACCGAACCCCCCCUGAUGGAGGUGCGAGAGCAUGGGCUUAUGUCGCUGGGUCGUUCUUGUUGCAGUUCUGCUCCGUAGGCUAUGUUAACGCAUGCGGCAUGUUUCAGAUGUACUACUCGGAAGUCAUGUUCAAGGACCAGUCGUCAUCGGCCUUGGCUUGGAUCACCACUCUUCAGAUCUUUAUGCUCUUCAUGUUCGGUCCCGCUGUUGGCAAAAUGAUCGAUGUCUAUGGCUGCCGCAAGACACUACUCCCCUUCAGUAUCAUGGCUGUUUUCUCCGUCUGUAUGCUGAGCCUCUGCACAAAGUACUGGCAAGUUAUGCUUGCUCAGGGUGUCGCUUUUGGGUUCGCCGCUGCUGGUCUGUCUCUCCCCGCCAUGGCAACGGCCACUCAAUGGUUCUCUACAAAGAAGGGUUUGGCUGUCGGUAUUGUUUCUGCUGGGAGCAGUUUGGGAGGUGUGAUCUACCCCUGCAUGAUCCCUCGACUCAUCGAAGAAGUCGGCUUCGCAACUGCUGUUCGUUGGACUGCACUCUUACAAGGAGUCCUCUUAGUCAUCGCAAAUGCUCUCUGCACUUCCCCAUUCCCACCUCUUGGCAAAGUCUCGCAACCAGCAAAGAAAGAAAACGUUCCUAGCAGUGAAAUCAACGGAUCCAAGAAAGGACCAUGGGUGUUUUUCGUCCUAGGCUGCUUCUUCACCAUGUGGGGUCUCUUCGCACCCUUGAACUACCUCCCAGAGAUGGCCUCGCUUCAUGGAUACAAAGACUUCGCUGUGUAUACCUUGGCCAUUGCCAACGCCGGUUCCCUGUUUGGCCGUAUCGUACCUGGCUGGGUAAGUGAUAGGAUCGGCUCCUUCAAUACCAUGAUCAUCGUGACUGGUUUCUCUGGAGCUCUUGUUCUGGCCUUUUGGCUUCCCCUCGAGUUUCACACCUCUAAAGGUGGUAUCAUCGUCUUCGCCCUGCUCUUUGGGUUUGCCAGUGGCGGUUUCGUCAGUCUGGGUCCUCCGUGUGUUGUAUUCCUCACGGAUGACCGGGUUGAUGAGAUCGGGUUCAAGUUGGGAGGCUUUUGCCUGGCCAUCGCCCUGGGUGCUCUGACUGGACUUCCCAUCGAAGGGGCUAUUAAAGACCGGGAAGGGGAUAGGUUUACUGGGUUGAUGUGCUUUGCGGGCGCGUCUAUGCUACUCGGAAGCUUCUGUAUGGCUGCCGCUCGAGUGUCCAAGGAUGGCACUCAACUCUGCAAGAAGAUCUAG